CGGGCCGGCGCAGGGGGAUGACGCCGCGGUGCGGGGCGGUGCGGGAGCUCUGCGGGGAUGGAGGAAAGGGAGCGGCUGUGGAGGCAGAUCCGCCUGCUGCAGGGUCUCAUAAACAAUCAUAAAAACACUCACGGGGAUGUGCCACGGCCGCUGUCAUCUGUGCCACCGAGGUGGAACAACCCCCGCCAGCAUUCCUUCAGCAGGAGGGGGGCCUUUUCCACCAGGUACCCCCAGCAGGCUCCCAGGGAUUUCCAGCUGCGCCAGGCUCGCUCCUGGAGGAAAAAAUACUCCCUUGUCAACAGGCCACCGGGAUCAGUAUGUGACAUUCAAGGUGGUGAGAGUGCCAGCACGUCUGGGGCUUUUGGAAGCCAUAGGGACAGCCAGAUACCUGAGCCACCAGAAUCAUCCCCAGAGAGACACGUGGACUUAACCACGGAUGGUAAUAUAGUUGUGGGCAUCCAGCUGCCGGAGAGGGCUGACCCGUUCGUCGAUAUGGAAGGUUUUGCUGAUGUGGAUUCUUACUGUGAGUUUUCUGGGCUGCCAACGGUGGUCGCUGCUUCAGGCGACGAUAAAAACGUGCCGAAUUCUCUGUACGUGAGCCAAAACGAAGAGAGGAGACCCUCUCUCUCGGUUUCGUUUAGUUCAUCUCAUCGGUUGGUGAGCUCAGCCUACGUGAGCGUGGAGGAUAAGCCUAGAACGGUGCGUCUGGCCGGUGACGUGACCGGGAGCUCCUCUGUCUCCUGUGGAAGCUCCAGUGAAAGCGCCGUGACGCUGAAAUCGGAGCCUCAGCAGCCUUCGGUGUUGCCAGAUCGCGAGGCGGCUCGGCACUCGGUACGGCUGAAGGCAAAACCACCAGCUCCAGGACAAUCUGGUUGUGAGCAAGUCAGGGAUGCUUCCAGAGAGCCAAAGCUGCUUGGAAAUGGCGAGGCGUGCUCUAGACCCACUCAGGCUGCCACUUUGGUGGUUGGGAUGUCUCCAGUGAAGAGCAAGUUUUCUGUAGUCCCCAAAAGUCCCGGUCUCCAAAGAGCUGCCUCAACGUCAGUCUCCAGCAAAGCUUCAAAAUUCAGGAAAACUAAUUACACCUGGGUUGCAAACCCUGGUAAAUGCUCUCGCGCUGUGAAGAGAUGGGUCAGCCCUAGAGCUUCUGAAAGUGCUAAGAAGGUCGCCGGUGGAGUGGACAGAGGUGCUAAAUUAUCACCAAAAGCAGAUUUGGGAGCAAAGCUGAAGAAAUCGGGACUGCAGACCAAACUGGGUGUUUCUCCCAGCAAAUAUAAGUGGAAAGCCUCCAGCCUCCAGACCUCGCCCUCCACCUCCAAGUCCGCGUUCAGGUGGCGAUCUGAGGAUCAGAAAAAGCCUCUGGCCCCCAACCUCCCUCAAACUGGGGUGGCCCCACCACCUGCGAGCGCUGCCGCUGUCGGUCUCGGUGGGGUGAAAUCCUCCUUCAGUGACACCACUGCACUCUCCAGUUAUAAAGUCAAGAGUCGGACAAAAAUCAUCAAGAGAAAAGGAAGCUCGGGUUCCCCGACAGAUAAGAAGAAUGGCUCCUCGCCCAUCACGCCUCUGAAAAGCCACUUCCAUCUCAGGAAGAAAAACUCCUCACGAGGAAAAGCCUCCGUGACACCAAAACGUUCCUCACCCAAGGGCCUGGUGCAGAUCACCAAGCACAGGCUCUGCAGGCUGCCGGCCACCAGGAUGCAGGUCUCCACCAAAGAAGGAACCAACUUGCAAUUUGUGAGGAGCCCCCCAGCCAACAAGGUGAUAAAGACACGCUACAGGAUAGUCAAGAAGAACGUGGUGUCUCCAGCCGGAUCGUCCUUCAGCAGCCCAGUUCCCAACUGGAAAACGAGGCGCCCCGGGACAUCCAGAUCCCCACUCUUAAACCAAUCACGCCCAUCACCUCAAGGUGGCAAAUCCCAGCACGUUCAACAGAGAUGGAGGAGCAAAGGCUACCGCUGCAUCGGCGGCGUCAUGUACCGAGUGUCGGCCAAUAAACUCUCCAAGACAUCCAGCACCCCCAUCCGGGGAAGAGACCUGAGCACCAAGAGCCCUGGCAGAGCAGCAAGGUUGCAUUGUACACCCAGUCCUGGCUUCUCUCCAUCCAGUGGCCUGAACAGAUCAGCGACGAGCCGAUACAUCGCCAGCCGUGCUGUUCAGCGAAGUUUGGCCAUCAUUCGUCAAGCCAAGCAGAAGAAAAAGAAGAAAGAAUAUUGUAUGUACUACAACCGCUUUGGCAAGUGUAAUCGUGGGGACAGUUGCCCCUACAUCCAUGAUCCGGAGAAGGUGGCCGUCUGCACCAGGUUUCUCCGUGGCACAUGCAAGAAGACAGAUGGGACCUGUUCCUUUUCCCACAAGGUGUCCAAAGACAAGAUGCCGGUGUGCUCCUACUUCUUGAAGGGGAUCUGCAGCAACAGCAACUGCCCCUACAGCCACGUCUACGUGUCCAGGAAGGCAGAAAUAUGCCAGGAUUUCCUCAAAGGCUAUUGCCCCAUGGGAGAAAAGUGCAAGAAGAAGCACACGCUGGUUUGUCCCGACUUUGCCAAGAAGGGUGUUUGCCCCAAGGGUGCCCAGUGCAAGCUCCUGCACCCUCAGAAGAAGCGCCACACAAGAAAGGCAGAAGAUGAGGACCGUGGUGACCCUCCCUCCAAGUGGAGACGGGUCUGGGAGGAGACAAGCAGGAAUAAUCCAGCUCAGGUCCACGAUGAUGGAGAAAUGCCCGGACCUUCCAGCUCGGAGCAAGAAGUGAAGUUUUGGAAAGAGACAGAGACCUCAACAACCAACAAGCUCCAAAAGCUGCCGUCCUUCAUCUCCCUCCAGUCCUCCCCCUGCCCCAGUGACCCGGGCUGCAAAGUGGAGAAGGACGAGGAAGAGUCGGAGGACGAGGCAGGGAGGACGAUUUCCAGGUGUUUCGGGUGGGAGGAUGAGGAGAAGAAGCUGGUUCGGUCCGGGGAUGAUGGGAGGAAAGGCUCUGGGGAGCUGUGCAAGAAGAAGCACACGCUGGUUUGUCCCGACUUUGCCAAGAAGGGUGUUUGCCCCAAGGGUGCCCAGUGCAAGCUCCUGCACCCUCAGAAGAAGCGCCACACAAGAAAGGCAGAAGAUGAGGACCGUGGUGACCCUCCCUCCAAGUGGAGACGGGUCUGGGAGGAGACAAGCAGGAAUAAUCCAGCUCAGGUCCACGAUGAUGGAGAAAUGCCCGGACCUUCCAGCUCGGAGCAAGAAGUGAAGUUUUGGAAAGAGACAGAGACCUCAACAACCAACAAGCUCCAAAAGCUGCCGUCCUUCAUCUCCCUCCAGUCCUCCCCCUGCCCCAGUGACCCGGGCUGCAAAGUGGAGAAGGACGAGGAAGAGUCGGAGGACGAGGCAGGCAGCACCAAAUGGAGGAGGACUUUGCCACCAGCAUCCUCGCGGGACUCCGAAAACACCCGUCUGGAGGAGGGUGGCAGAGGCAAACGGCUGCAGAUCAAGCCCCGUCUAUGAAGAAGACCCGACCCCGUUGCAGCUCAGGAACCUCAGAGCCGGGCACGACCUGGCACCUACCUCAGGACACCGUGGCCAGAUGCCAGCACCCCCCUUUUCUCAUCUUGCUUUUCCUGGGACAUCAUUUUGGCAAGGAAACCGGGUGGCAGCGUGGGCAAGUGCCACCCCUUCCCGCAGGGAAGCAUUUUUGUUCAAAAUGUUUUAAUUUGCCAAUAAAAUAUCUUUCCAGCUGGUUUGUUGAAGGUGAUGCUGGGCCACCAGGCUCCUUGGAUGCUUGAAGGACUGGGAAGAAGCUCCCAUCCCCAUCCGUCCUCCCGCAGAUGGUGGCUCUUGCUGUUGGCCUGGACACGAGGUGACACGGGGACCUGAGGAGCUUAAUCAGGCGACGUACCAGCAUCCAGGUCAGCUUCUAUACUGGGGACAAGUCACCGUACUGGGAUAUAAUGGGGUGUAAAGGUCCCCCCACCACAGCUCAGCCCCGAUCCCUCCAUCCUGUGUCCAUCCUGAUCCAUCCCUUUGCUUUUGGGAGGAGGUUUCUUGGAGUGGAGCCAUGUGCCAAGAACAUCCCUAGUGGAAAAAUAGGUUGGGAGCAGCGUUGAGCUCCCACCAAAUGCUCCGUUGGGAUCUCCCAUGGUUGGUUGCACCUUGACCCCCACCUUUCCCCAUCCCAGUGGGAAUUUGGUCUCCUUUGGGAGAUCCAAACUGGCUUUUCUGGGGGUUUUUAGGGGGUUCCUUCCAAAUCCAAGCAAAAAAAUCAUUGUGUUGAGCCAAGUACUGCCGGCACGAUGGUUUUUUGCAUCCAUGGGUACAAUUUCCAUGGGGUUUUUGGUGGGGUGGGUACUCUUCCCCAACACAGAUGGGAUUUUGGGGACAGCUGCUCUUUGCCAAGAGGUGCCGAGAACCAGGAGCAGCCGUUGGGGACUGGGGGGCAGAUUUUCCCAUCUCCUGCCCCUCAAAUCUCAGCACCUUCAGGCAAAGCCCCCGUGGGGCAGCAGGAGGGACGUGGGUGAGCCCUGGGGCUCCCCGGGGACCCGGCACCCAGGUGUCCUCAGCGGUGGGGUGGGUGACAGAGCCACCGAGCUGCCGUGGGCUCAGGUGCACGACGGGCUCUAUCAAGGGAUGGUUGUGAUUUUGUCCCCGUGGGUCCCCCCAGGGGGUGUUCCCCUUCCUCGGGUGAGCCCCCAUGGGUGCCUGCACCCCACGGAGGGGUCUUGUCACCCCUCUGCCUGGCUGGGGUGACUCGGGGCAUGGCAGGCCACCAAAGGUACCAUCUCAUUAAUGCCUGUCACCUCCUGGGCUCCCAUUUAAGGAUGGUGUCCUCUGCUGACCCAGCAACUUGGGGGGAUGGGGGGGGGGUUAGUGCCACUCAGAAACCAGUUUGGGGGGGCCACAUCCCCAGUAUCCCCCUCCUCCAGCCAUCACGGGGACCUGCAGGUCCCCCCUCCCACCCCGGGGGUGGCACUUGUACCCCAGCAUGUGUACAGCGAGCUGGUUUUUUAAGAAAAACUUCGUCAUCUCCGUUGAUAUUAAAUGUCUUUUGUUAAUUAACCCUUGUGUUUUGAUAUGUAAAUAAAGAGUAUCUUCCCCCGGGGUGCCCGG